AAACAAUCCUUCCUCUUUUUUCAAAAAAAUUUCUUCAAAAAAAUUCUUCCUCUUUAAAAAAAAAAAUUAUUUCCUUUUUUUUUAAAGAAAAAUGAUAAGAGGAUAUUCAUUAAACCAAGAUUUAAAAUUGCUAGUAAAUAAUUCAAAGUAUAGUGAUAUAGAAAUAUUAUGUAAGGAUGAAAUAAAAUUAUAUGGUUGUAGAGCAAUUUUAGCAGCAAGGUCUGAAGUACUUGAAGGAUUACUUUAUAAUGGAAUGAAAGAGAGUUUCGAAAGACAAAUUUCUUUUCCAACGAUCAAUUCUUCUGGAAUGAAAAUUAUAUUAGAAUAUAUUUAUGUUGGAUCAAUUGAAGUAAAUUCUUUGACUAAAGAUAAUAUAAUUGAAGCUUAUUGUGCUGCGGAUUAUUUUCAAUUAUUGGACCUUCAGGAAUUUAUAAUGAGAACCAUUAAAAUUUUUUUAAAAAAUAAUUACACAACAAACUAUUCGCCCGAAUUAUUAUCUAAAGUUGUAGAAAUUAUGCCUUUAUCAGAGGAUAAUACUCUUCUUAACUUAUUAGUCAAAGAAGUAGCAACUAUUUUAUUAACUGAUAUUGAAAUUGGUCGAUUAUCUAUUAUAGCUCUUCAAUAUCUUUUAUUUUAUGCACAUGAAAAUGAUAUACCUUUUGCAACACCAGAGUAUGAAGUUUUCCGAUAUAGUGCUAUUUUUGCAGCUAAAAAUGUUUCUGAUGUUACAUAUAAGGCUCUAAUGGAAAAGUUACCAACUUUAGAGCAAAUAGAUAACUUGAUUCAAAUAGAAAAUAAAUUUAUUACAGAUCAUCAAAAAGUUGCUCAAGAAUUGGAACAUUUGAUCGAAUAUAUUGAUUUCAGACGAAUAAAAAAAAGCCAAUUUGAUUUUAUUGAACCGUUAAAAAUUAUUCCAGCUGAAAUAAUUCAACAUAAUUCAGAAUUAAUUAAUUCAGAUUUAAACAAUAUUCGAGGAAUCCCAAUUUAUAGAAUUAAAGAAUCUGAACUUUUUUGGGAUGAAUCAGCAUGUGGAUCAAAUCUUGUUAUUGAGGAUAAUGGGAAAAUUAUACAAGCAUCAAAUAAUUGUAAAUCACACCAAAGUGCUAGAGCUAACAUAUUAAUAGAAGACAAAGGUAAUCAACCUAAUGGAUGGGUAUUAGGUUCUGGUGGUGCGUUUCGUAAUAAUAAUAACUUUGUAAGAAAUUAUUGUCCCUCGUUUCACAAAGAUGGUGCAAGAAUUACAGUUCAUUUAGAUAUGAAUAAAAGAACUUGUGCUUUUACAGUAAAUGGUAUAAAGUAUCGGGAAAUAUUAGAAUGGAAUAAUUUACCAUCAAAGCCUUAUCCGGUAGUAUCAUUACGUUAUCCUGGUCGUUUUCGAAUUCUAUCUCAUCAAAAGAAAUAGAAAAUUUUUGUCCUCAUAUACAGCAGUUUAGCCAAUAAAAUUUCACAAAAAAAUUCUAUUUAAGCCGAAAAUGUCUAUCACGUUACUCUGUUUCGUCAAAGGAAA